AUGGCGGGGCUGUCGCUCGCGCCCGGCCGGGUAAUGCGGCUUCCAGGCCGCCAACUUUGGAGUUUCUUUCCUCACGGAUUCGGGGUUUGGGGCCCAGGGAAGGGGACCGUGAGGGUCUUGUUGGGGCGGCUCUGCGCGAGGCCGGAGGGGGCAUGGCGGGCCUCGGGGCUCGCUGCCUGCUGCCUGGGGAGCCGCCCCCUCAGCACUGCAAUGCCGCCCCCGCCCGGGUCGUCGGGACCGGGACGGAAGGGCAGCAGAGACCCCACGCGCCCCUCGAAGCCCGGGCCUGUUUCCUGGAAGUCUUUAGCCGUCACAUUUGCUAUUGGAGGAGCUUUAUUGGCCGGAAUGAAGUACUUCAAGAAAGAAAAGACGGAGAAACUAGAGAAGGAACGGCAACGAAGCAUUGGAAAGCCUUUACUUGGGGGCCCAUUUUCCCUCACAACUCAUACUGGUGAACCCAAAACUGAUAAGGACUACCUGGGUCAAUGGGUAUUGAUUUAUUUUGGUUUUACUCAUUGUCCUGAUAUCUGUCCCGAAGAACUAGAAAAAAUGAUUCAAGUCGUGGAUGAAAUAGACAGUAUUCCAACUCUGCCAAAUUUAACUCCGCUUUUCAUCACUAUUGACCCAGAGAGGGACACAAAAGAAGCCAUCGCCAAUUAUGUAAAAGAAUUUUCUCCCAAACUGAUUGGCCUGACUGGCACAAAAGAAGAGAUCGAUCAAGUAGCCAGAGCAUUCAGAGUAUAUUACAGCCCUGGCCCCAAGGACGAAGAUGAGGACUACAUAGUGGAUCAUACAAUCAUAAUGUACUUGAUUGGACCAGAUGGUGAAUUUCUAGAUUAUUUUGGCCAGAACAAGAGGAAUGCAGAAAUAGCUGGUUCAAUUGCUGCACACAUGAGGACACACAGGAAAAAGAGCCAAUAA